AUGGAAGAUAAAUUAUCAGACCUGCAAAUUGCUGCUUAUUUUGUUAUAAACAUAAAAAUUAUUUUUUUAAAAAUGCUGAUGCUAAUUUGUCUUAAAUUAAUUAUCAUCAACAUCGUCAUCGUCAUCAGAAAUAUACUUCUUCGUUAUUCUUUUACGCCUGCUACCCGAUCUGCUCUCACUUUUCCGACUUUUCAAUUUGAUCUUCAUCCUUACGCUAGAGUCACCGUCAGAUCCAUCAUCGCACUCGCCUGGAGACGAUCAGGCAAUUCCCGCCGAGAAGGUAAUGUCAUAAAAGGCUCACUAAGCAAUCUACCAUCAGUGCUGUCGCCCUACGUAAUUUCGAAUCAACAGACGGACCAGCACCACUACCACUACUACCACCUCGACGUUUUUUUGGAGUUGGUUCUUCAUCUUCUUCUCCUCUCUUGCGACGCUUUCGUGUUUUUUUCUUCUUCCUAUCGUCUUCCUCCUCGUCAUCAUACUCAACGCCAUCAUCGUCGAUGGCUUUCAACCACUCUUUUCCGAUUAAAUUAUUGUCUGUGUAGUCGAUUUCCUUACGCUGUCGAGAACCACGUCCAAGAUAUCGUUCAUCAUCUUCUUCAUAAGUCAAGCUCAGGUAACUCAAUUUCUUCCAGUAAUCGAGGUUUUCGAUUAGGACCUAAUUUAGCUUCUUCACGUCGUCUUUCAAGAUCUAGCUUUGCAAAGAUCUCAAUUUCACCUUCUGAUCUAGCGAUCAUGGGAUUAACUGUUUCAUCAUCAGCCACUUCGUUUUCUUCUUCGUCAUCAGCGUCAUCUUGA